UCAUUACAGGGGAUUCUGACUAAACUCAGACAAAUCUCUAGAGAUAAAAAUGCAGAACAUUUGUACACUGAUCGUGAAGACAUGUUAAGAAGGAGUAGCAGCAGUGGGCAGUUAGGAGAAGGAGGGGGAGGAGAAGGUGGAGGAAGGAAUCCGUAUGGGAAGGAGCAGCCCGCGGCUCCGCUGCAGUGAGACACAGAGACCGGAGGAGAGAACGGGAAGCCUCAUUUCUGGCCAGAGAUGAAAAAGUCUUUAUUCAAACACUGAACUGUGGGAUUUCACUCGGUGCCGGCAUGUAUUUUGGUAAUGUGUACCACAGUCCCCUGGCACCGCUUGCUCGUCCCACGCUGGGCAGGACCCAGCCCUCCCCUGACCCUAAGGCCCUCUUCCCCUUCCACCUGCUUCCUGGAUUCACCGAUAUGGAUCAUCUCCACAAAGCUGUGAUUAGCCCAAGCUUUGGGUUAACAUCACCCCUGAAGAGGAAGCCAAGCUCCUGCAGUGCCUCUCGGGCUCCGGCGUCCUCCCACUACAGCAGCACGAGGCAUGCAAAAAGGCUCAAAGCUCUGGACGCCCCAGAUUCAAAGAUCAAGACCUCUGAACCAGUCGCCAAGGAAACCACAUCACAAAUCCUCUCGUCAUCCUGCUUGCAGCCCUCUGGCUCUGACACGACAUCAGAACCUUCAGCCCCAAACUCUUCUUCAGACGCAACAUUGCUGAGUUGCGGCCCCACUGAAACAUUGAAAGAGCCCACCAACCACGCCCUGCCAGCCAGUCCAAGGACAGCUGAGAAAGAUGGAGAAGCGGAGACUCCAGGUCAAGAGACGGAGCAAGAGAAGGCAAAACGCCUUCUCUACUGCUCCCUCUGCAAGGUUGCUGUGAACUCUGCUUCGCAGCUCCAGGCUCACAAUAGCGGUUCUAAGCACAAAACAAUGCUCGAGGCCAGAAGUGGCAAUGGAGCCAUUAAGUCCUUUCCCAGGAUAGGAGUCAAAUCUAAGAUGGCGGCUCCAUCUGAGCCAUCAACUGGACUGCAGAACAAAACUUUUCAUUGUGAGAUCUGUGAUGUGCAUGUCAACUCUGAGACCCAGCUCAAACAGCACAUCAGCAGCAGGAGACACAAGGAUAGAGCAGCAGGUAAACCAGCCAAGCCAAAGUUCAGCCCCUACACUCCCACCCAGCAACUCCAAAGUCUCCAGGCAAUAAGACUUACUCUGCAAAAGAACCAAGACCUGAGCAAACCUCUGGCGUCCUGUCUCCUACAUCAUCAACUUUCUGUUGCCCCUGUUGCCCUUCCACCUUUGUCACCCUUUUCGCUCCAGACCAACUCAAGACCCACCCUAUUUCAUGGUCAGCCUCUCCCCCAGGCUCUACUUCAUCCAGUCACUGGACCCAUCUGUUCACCACACACACCGGUUCUGUUUUCCCCUUUCUGACCCCUUCAGGAUCUCCCCCAGAUCUUGAAAUGAUCUGACAUUAGACAGUACUCCCUGUUCUCAACAAACCAGUAGUGUGUCAAGAACCACACAAAGUAGUGGUUGUAGGCACUAGAAAUGCCACGAGAUGUGUUACAACUGAAGGAUAUAUUGAAAAGCAAAUCGGUAAAAAACAAGGUGUUUUUUAGAGCUGAGAUGGUGUUUGAAGUUGUGCAGGUGCUGAUGUAGUUGUCAUAGGUCUGCAACUCGUGAAACGAAAUGCAUAAUGGCAUUCUUGAUGGCAGAAACUCUUAUAGGUGUGUAUUUUGCAGCUACACAAAUACAGUUAUUGACAAAACAAUUUUUUAAUGUGAAAAGGUUUUUCGAAUUUUUCGAAUAUUACAUUUUUUUACCACUUUUCCAUACUAACAAAAUAAAAAGACUGAAGAAUUA